UUGAAAAUGAGCCCUUAGUUGUCUGCCAUUUCAGAUGUGCUGUUAAACUGUAAAUCUCAUUACCUUCACUGGAGAUGCAGGUGCACAGCUCCUCUGAAAAGUAGGCCAGAAAUGCUAAGAUAAGGAGAAGAGUCCCACGAGGAAAAAAAGAAGUGAAAUGCUGAUUGUGAACCAGUGGCAGCCGUGCCAUUGGGUGCAGGAGGAGGGCUAUUCAGCUGCAGCCUUUACCUUCUCAUGGAAGUUUUUGGUAGCUUUCAGUUCUCCCAACUUCUCCCCUCUCCCUGGUAUAUCUGCGCCUGGUAUUUUUGGUUUGCUUACCAUUCCCUGUCCUGCGUCCUGACUGUCACUCGUCCCUGCUCAGCUCCCUUGGAAUUGUCAGGCCCUGUAGGUGUGAGCUGAAGAGAUGUCAGGUCUUCCCAGAGAAGCUUAACAUUUAGGCUGUUGCACAUCCUCCUGCCAGCCCCCAUAGAACUAAAACUUUUGUCUGAAUCCUUCCCAGGGGAAGUUGUCUCACUGCGGUUGGAGUGGCAGCCACAUCACCUGCUUGGUUUCCCACAGACUUGUAAUUUAAGGCAGGACUGUAUUGGCAUGGGACCCCCCUAGGAGCAAUGAGCUGUGUGAGUGCUGGUGUCAGCGCGUUGUAUUGCGGCUGUGCUGCUGGGACUGGGCGCUCAGGUUCUCUGUAAGCAGAGGCGCUAGGCGCUAAAGUCAGAAGGUGUGGUGUGAGAAGGUGCAUUCAUCACAGCGUCCUGCUGGAUUUCCGACUUGGGUAACUUAACUGAACUCUGAGUGCCGAACUGUUCUGCAGGUAACAUCACCUAGAAAAUGGGUUUAAAGCCCAGGCCCACUCAAACGUCUGCGGCACUCCUCACCUUGCUGAGUGCGCCCCGCGGUAGCUCCGUGUCGGUACAGCAGGAUAUGACCCUUCUUCUAUGUCCGGGCUUCGGCCUCACACAGUAGGUGUAAUAUAAUCGCUGAGGUGGGCGCUCUGGAAGAAUUAUUUUUGAAGGCUUUUGCAUGAAACUUGUCCAAUGAGUCUGAGACGCCCAAGCACCAUUAAUUUUGGAGGAAAAAGAUGGAGUAUUGCAUGCUGGGAACAAGUGCUUUCCAUAAGUUUUCAUUUUGAUUAGAUACCUCUGCAAAACUCUCUCCUAAACAAAUUCAGAAACCAAAACAAACAAACCUGGGCCACAACUGCAGUUUGGAAUACUUCUGAAAUGUUGCUCAAUGUGCAUGGAAGAGUCUUUAAAGAAUAGUAGUAAUAGUAAAAAUUCUUUCUGUGGUCUGUUUUGUUUUCCAUAAUGUCAAAAUCGCAGAUGUUAACAUCAAUAAAUUUAACGAUGUGAAUGUGUUGGAUGACUAUGGAGAAAUGACCAAAAUAAAAUGAUUUGUUAAAAGGCAGUCUUAACUGACACCUCUUAAGAAAACAAAACAAAAGCUCAUCAGGCAUGUUUUUGGUAGAAACUUCAAGUAAAUAGGUACAUUCUUUUUUCCUCUGGUCUUGUGAAUAGCAAGACUUGACACACGCAGAGAAAGUUUGAGUAGAUGAGUCAGGACUUAUUUCACUAACUGCAGUUAAAUGUUUUGGCCAGGUUUCCCAAGGAAACAAAGCUUGUGUAGUUCUUCAGCUUGUGGCUUGUCUCCUGCUGGCCUCUCGCUCCUCCCAGCCAAGAACGUUGGCCACUUUAAACCAAAUUUUAUAUAGAUGGAGAUCUGAAAAUACAAAUAAAGAUCUUUAAGCUUCAUUAACAGUAGAUCUCCAGUAGGAGAAGAGAUUAAGGCUUGAACAUUACCAGGUUUCUUUCACAACUCUCUUCUGUCAGCCUGUUCUCUCAAUUGGAUGUUGUAAUGCCAAGUGGCUGCUAAAAACUCUCUGUGGGAGGAGUUGUAAGAGGGAGGGGAAAGAAAACAUCCUGCUUCAGCUCAGGGUUUUAGGGGGCUUACUUUUCUGUGUUGGAUGUGCACCAACUGCUGAGGUGCCAGUUAGGUAUUGUGCCCGGAGCUGAAUGUAGCAGCUUGCCUAGCACUAUCUAAUACAGAGUGAGCAGAGAUUUACAAAGGAAAGAGAAGAAGCAGUAAAUUAUCCUGGCUUUGAAAUACUCAGCUCCAAAUGAGAGUUGUUGUGCCUGACCGAGUGCAUGUUAUAGUACAUUAUUCCAUGGAAUACAAUAUUAUUACAGGUACAGCAGCAGCUCAUGAUGCCUCGUAAAGCUUUUCUUUCCCAGAAAGAAAAGCAGGCUCGUGCCAGGGAAAGAGAUAUGUUAAAAAAGAGAAGGAGGCGACAAGACUAUCUCAAAAGAAGCGUGGACCCACAGAAAAAUGCAGAAACAAUAAAAUGGCACAGGGAUGAUGAGAAGAGGAGAGAAAAUGAGCAAGUUAAGGACAAAGAUAUCAAGAAGCGAUGGAGACAGGAUGAGAGAGAACGACGAAAGAAUGUGGACGCUAUGAAUUGGCGCAGGGAAGAUGAGAAGAGGGAAAAUGAGCGAGAAACUAUGUUCCAACUUCCUGUCAACAACCUUGGCAGUUUAAGAAAGGCCCGGAAAACUGUGAAAAAAAUACUUAGUGACAUUGGUUUGGAAUACUGUAAAGAACAUAUAGAAGAUUUUAAACAGUUUGAACCUAAUGACUUUUAUUUGAAAAACACUACAUGGGAAGAUGUAGGAUUGUGGGACCCAUCGCUUACGAAAAAUCAGGACUAUCGGACAAAGCCCUUUUGCUGCAGUGCGUGUCCAUUUUCCUCGAAGUUCUUUUCAGCAUACAAAAGCCACUUCCGGAAUGUCCAUAGCGAAGACUUUGAAAAUCGGAUUCUCCUUAAUUGUCCAUACUGUACUUUCAAUGCAGACAAAAAGACUUUGGAAACGCACAUUAAAAUAUUUCAUGCUCCAAAUGCCAAUACACCGAGUGGAGGCAUCAGCACUUUUAAAGAUAAAAACAAGCAUGAUAGCCUUAAACCUAAGCAGGCUGACAGUGUAGAACAAGCUGUUUAUUACUGUAAGAAGUGCACUUACCGAGAUCCGCUGUAUGAAAUUGUUAGAAAGCACAUUUACAGGGAACAUUUUCAGCACGUAGCUGCUCCUUACGUAGCAAAGGGAGGUGAAAAGUCACUCAAUGGUGCAGUUCCAUUAAGUUCCAGUACCCGGGAAGAGGGUAGUAUUCAUUGCAAACGAUGCCUUUUUAUGCCGAAAUCAUAUGAAGCUUUAGUACAGCACGUUAUUGAAGACCAUGAACGUAUAGGGUAUCAGGUAACAGCGAUGAUAGGUCACACUAAUGUAGUGGUUCCAAGGUCUAAACCUUUGAUGCUAAUAGCUCCAAAACCACAGGACAAAAAGCCUAUGGGACUCCCUCAGAGGAUGGGUCCCCUUUCCCCUGGGAGCGUUCGAUCUCUUUCGUCACAACAGAUGAUGAACAGACUCACUAUACCAAAGCCUACAUUAAAUUCUGCAGGAGUGAAUAUGAUGUCAAAUGUUCACUUACAGCAAAACAAUUAUGGAGUCAAAUCAGUACCACCAAGUUAUGUUGGCCAGCCAGGGGGAAGGCUGAGCUUAAGUGGCAAUGCACCAGUUUCUAUUCCACAGCAAUCUCAAACAGUGAAACAGUUUUCAAGUGGAAAUGGAAGGCCUUACACUCUCGGGGAGCAGAGAUCUCAGGCCUCAGCAAGAUACUCUCUUCAGUCGGCCAAUUCAACUUCCUUGUCAUCAGCUCAGUUGAAACAAACGUCGUUAUCUCAGUCACAGGCAGCUUCAAGAGUAUUAGGUCAGUCUGGCUCAAAAUCUCCUGUAGCUGCUACAGGUCCUUCUUCUGUCAAUACAUCAUCCACACAAAAGUGGAAAAUCUGUACAAUCUGUAAUGAGCUGUUUCCUGAAAAUGUGUAUAGUGUUCACUUUGAAAAGGAGCACAAGGCUGAAAAGGUGCCUGCAGUAGCUAAUUAUAUAAUGAAAAUACACAAUUUCACUAGCAAAUGUUUAUACUGUAAUCGCUAUUUACCCACUGAUACAUUGCUUAAUCAUAUGUUAAUACAUGGUUUGUCUUGUCCGUAUUGCCGUUCAACCUUCAAUGAUGUUGAAAAGAUGGCUGCUCAUAUGCGAAUGGUUCAUGUUGAUGAAGAAAUGGGACCUAAAACUGAUUCCACUUUAACUUUUGAUUUGACGCUGCAGCAGGGUAGUCUCACAAAUAUACAUCUUCUCGUAACAACCUACAACCUGAGGGAUGCUCCUGCUGAAUCUGUAGCUUAUCAUGCUCAGAACACACCUCCAGUUCCUCCAAAACCACAGCCGAAAAUCCAAGAGAAGUCUGAUGUACCUGUGAAAAGCUCUCCACAAGCAGCAGUUCCUUACAAGAAAGAUGUGGGGAAAACCCUCUGUCCUCUGUGCUUUUCAAUCCUAAAAGGACCCAUCUCUGAUGCACUUGCACAUCAUCUGCGGGAGAGGCAUCAGGUUAUUCAGACGGUUCAUCCGGUUGAGAAAAAACUAACCUACAAAUGCAUUCAUUGCCUUGGCGUGUAUACCAGUAACAUGACUGCCUCAACUAUAACGUUGCACCUUGUUCACUGCAGAGGUGUUGGGAAGACUCAGAAUGGCCAGGACAAAGGUACUUCGUCAUCCCGGCUAAGUCAGUCUGCAGGUGUAGCCCCUGUAAAACGUACGUACGAACACAUGGAAUUCUCUUUGAUGAAGAGAAGGAAAAUGGAUGAUGAUGACUCCCCCUCUGCCUUUGAGGAGAAGCCUGAAGAACCGGUAGUUCUAGCAUUGGACCCCAAGGGUCACGAAGAUGAUUCCUAUGAAGCCAGGAAAACAUUUCUCACAAAAUAUUUUAAUAAGCAACCAUAUCCAACUAGGAGAGAGAUUGAAAAGCUGGCUGCCAGUCUGUGGCUGUGGAAAUCUGAUAUUGCAUCUCACUUCAGCAACAAAAGGAAAAAAUGCGUUAGAGAUUGUGAAAAAUACAAACCUGGUGUGCUGCUUGGUUUCAAUAUGAAAGAAUUAAACAAAGUUAAACAUGAAAUGGAUUUUGAUGCUGAAUGGCUGUUUGAAAACCACGAUGAAAAGAAUUCCAGAGUUAACAUUAGUAAGACUGUUGAUAAAAAAAUAAACAUAGAAAAAGACAAUGAAAGUUCAUCAGACAGCUAUGAGAAUAUAGAAGAGGAAUACAAUGAAAGCAGUAGUCCGUUUGGUCCACAUAUUACUGACAUUGGUGAGAAAGCUUCUCCUGAUAGCAUAGCAGAGAACCCAGAGGAUGGCAUAUCCAAGGAAAUCAUUGAAGAAAAUACCUCACCAUCUCCAGAAAAGUCUGAUCAAAAACAAGAAGAAAGCUCUAAAUAUGAGGAGAUUAUUUCUGCCGAAGGGCAGACAAAACUGGUUGGUGAUGUUUCAGAUAGUGAAGGUUAUCAGGAUGAUCAGGAUGAUGCUGUUGAAUGGAAAGAUGGAGCUUCGCAGUCUGAAAGUGGGCCUGGUUCUCAGCAAGUUUCUGAUUUUGAAGAUAACACGUCAGAAGUAAAACCAGAAGUGUGGACAGAUGAAUCCUCACAAAGCGAAGAUGCUGGCAGCAGUAAACCGACUGUAGAGACAAAAGGAGGUGGGUCUGAGAGUGAUGAAGAGCAGUCAAAGUGGAAGAAUCGUUCCUAUGGAAAAGUAGAAGAGUUCUGGGCCAAGGACCAGUCACAAUGGAAAAAUACAUCAGAGAUUGAGGAGAGCUUGUCAAAUCAGCAGAUGGAAUGGCAGAACAGCACAAUUGACAGCGAGGACGGAGAUCACUUUGACGGUGUGACUGAUGGGGUAGCAGAACCAAUGCACAGCAGCUUAUCUGGUGUGGAGCUGAGCAGUCAGCAAGCAUAAGCUCCUCGACACAGAAGUGUCAGAGACAUGAUCCAAUCUACAACUGUCUAAACACGUUCAUUUCAGUAUGACUGCUAAGCUUAAAUUCUGACUGGUACUGCCUUCCAAGUGCUAGGUCACGGUGCGUGGUGUUCAUGGCCACUGUUACUCCAGUGGUUGAGGAUGCCGUUGGCUGAUCUUGCUUGUGAGUACUUGCUGGGAUGAGCACAGUAAUUUAAUGUGAAAACAGAUAAGCUGGUGGCUCAAGAAUGCACACAGAGAAAAGCAGAGGUUUAUUUUAUCUGCGUUUUCACCAUUUAUUUCACUCUUGUACAUGUUCAGUUGUAUGUCUUUUUAAACAUUACCCUUUUUCACAUGGUAGUGUGUAGGGCCAACAUACAAGCUACCAGUUCAACGUGUAUAGUAGACUAUGGGGAAAUUGAUUUUUUUCAUGUAUCAUUCUGAAUAGUUGAAAUGUAUAUUUGUACAGUCUUUUAGACCUAUUCAAGUGAAGCUUAUGAAAUUGUUCUUGUGUACCCAUCAUAGAUUUGUUUCUCUUUUUUAGUGUUGCCCUGCUGUGUAAUAAAUGCUGUAUUUAGUUUACCUAGCAAAAGCUUGAAACUGCUAUAGUACGAAUUUUGACAAACUUAGUUUUUGCACAUAACCUUGUACAAUCUCAAAAACAGAGGCCAGCACCAUAAAAAAAUAUAUCUGGACUCUUAUUGUAUUAUAGAAUUUUCUUGUUCUGAGUAUCCUUGACAUUACAACUGAUGACAAACGUAUUUCAGAGCCAUUUUCUGAAAUCUUUUAAGCUAAAGAUGAAAAAUCACAUGCAAGAAACAAGUUCGCAGCUACUAAUUUUGACACCUUCUAGAUCUGUAUAAAAGUGUAUUGUGUUGAAGCAGCACACUUAAAACAACAGUGCUGUGUUUUGGAUAUUUAGUUUUAUCUUUAGUUAACACCAACAAGGUGUUGUAUUCAUUUAUACCAUCUAAUAUAUGACACACUGUUGUAGUAUGUAUAAUUUUGUGAUCUUUAUUUCCCUUUGUAUUCUUCAUUUAAACAUCUAAAUAAAUUGCUGUAUUGUGCUUACUGUAAAUAUCUGCUUUAUUACAUGCAAGUGCCACGUUCCUGCUUGGGCAAUCCCGCCUUGCUAAAUUUUGUGGGGUUUUUUUGUUUGGCAUUUUUUGUUCAUUUCCUAACAGUUCCUAAAAAAUGCUGCACAGCAUUGCUGGGGCAUGUAUGUACAGUAUUUUCUUACUGAAUAGACUAAUCUCUUCAAGGACAUGGAGAAAUCUUACUAAACUAACUUUGUCUGAAUUUGUCUUGACUAUUCAGCCUUCUAGAAUGGUAGUUUAUAAAUAAAGUUGUAGUGAUUACAGUGCUUUGUCCAUAGAGGCAGUCCAUCGAUUACUUGUGUUUUUCAUUCACUUAUGCCAACGAAGAUCGGUCGCACAUAUUGAAACGUUUCUUAGAACUGUGCCUGCUUCUACGUCGCUACGUGUUGAGGGUAAAUGAUAUUCCCACACCUUCCCUGUCAUUUAAACAUGAAGGAACAUGCCUGCCCUACAACCUGCAGCCUUUUGGGGGAUGGGGAGAGUUUGAAAAAGUAAGUACUGAAAAACCCACAAAAAUCUAUUGAAAUGAAUGAUUGGUUUGGUCAGAUCAGUUCUGCGUUUCCUCAGAUGUGCAGUACAGGACAGAAUCUAAUUGUGAUGAAAACCAAAGUAUACUUAACUAGAGCAAUGAGCUUGAUUUAAGUAUACAUCUAAUAAAAUACUGAAAUAGUUACUUUCUGAUGCUUUACAAGGAUUAAAUUUACGUUUGAAAUCUUCAUUAAUAUAAAGGAGGAAAUGGUUCUGUUCUUCAACAUAUUACACAGCAAAACUUUCAUAGAGAUUUGAGAAGACUUCUCUGUAGCCAUUUCAGGUAAGUGCAAACUGUACUUUCUACCACUAUAAUGAACAAGCCAAGUACCAAAAUAUGCGUGUGUUCUCUUGUUCUGCAACUGAUUCAGGCUGCUGGUGCAUUAGAAGAUAAGUUCUUGAUGUUUACAUCAGAGGAAGAGCUCCUUGUGCUUCUCUGCCAUAAGAGAAAACUCAAGUCUUGGGUCUUAUUUUGUUACCAAACUUUCUGAAGCGUUUACCUGAAAAGAAUUUUUCAGUAAGUCAACUGAGUCUAUUAACUACUCUCCAUAGAUGCUGGUUGGGUGGUGGUUUUUUCCAGCAAUGUCAACGAUGGGAAGUCCUGGAAGAGGCUAAUAAAGGUUGUUAAUGUCCCUUUCCCCUUUCUGUUGGCUGUUGUGUUUCCCAGAAUGCUACAGUCCAACUGAAUUUCAGACUUUGUAGCAUAUUACUGAGGCUUUAAGAGAAGAAGUAAUGUUAGAAAUACAAAACCUUGUAAUAUUAAAAAAGCUUGCAAAAGUAA